AUUGGGCUUGCGGACGACGUUUGUUUGAACACCCAAGCCACAAGGCUGCCUCUGUUCUUCGAGACAUCUGACCGCGGCAAGAACCGGGCUGCACGCCUAUCGUAUCAUUCUGUUCAGCGCGUGCAUCUGCGCAGAUGAAGUUCCCCACACGAUGCCUGGGGAGACUCUUAAAUCGUCGCCAGCGGAGAAUGAUCGGGUGUCCGGGGCGGUCACUGCAGUCAGACCAGACAGCUCGCCAGCCGUGGCUGAUGAGCCAGAUGUGGACGAAUUCGGGUUGCCGGUGAGGAAACCUAAGAGACAGCCUCCGGUGCAAGAACACCAAAGCGACGAUCCGGACGACGUGUCAGACACGGAGGCCUUUGUAGACGCCCCUUCUGGACCCGUGGCUGAGCAGACUGGCGAACCCGACAAGGGAAUACAAGCUAAGGAGCCUCUGACGCUUGAUACUAGUCCACAGUCCGCAGACGCAAGACAUGAUGACUCGGGAAAGCGAACACCAGCCGCGGGGGAUAGUGAUUCGAAAGGUACAAAUGGUGAACAUGACCGCCCGAGGACGCCAACGAUGCAGAAGCACGACAACGCCGACGCCGAGAAGGCGACAAGCCCAAAGAGCACGAGGAGUCCAGCCAGUGCCGGCAAUUCAGUGAGACACAGCGUAACGGUGGCAUCAGAAUGGUCCCAUAUGCAGCUCGCCCCUCAAUUGGAGAAAGAGGAAGCGGAAGAUGAGGGCGAGUGGCAGGCUAUGCCGGCAUAUGCACCGUUCGACAUUUACGACGACAAUAACAAGCUCAUUGCAAAAGAGGCGCACGACUAUGAUGACGACAUGGUGCAAUAUGGCGCCCUAGGUGGAGCAGGUAAAGGAUACACAAGAUUGCAGCUCGACGAAGAUGCGCAGUCGACGACAAGCAUGGACGAUAAUACCGCAUACCUGUUUAAAGAUGGUGCUAAAGGCACUACAGUUACAGAAGACGAUGAAGAAAUCAGAGAUGCCUUGGGACAAAUGCAGGCGACCAAAGAACUGCUCACCGAAGGACAACGAAUUGCCUAUGUCGGAAUCGUUCGGCUCACCAUGAUUGAAAUGCUCAAUGAUUUGGAAAAGCUGGAAAAGAACAAGCAAACUAAAAAGGCUGUCCAGUUCGCGGCAGCAUCUCUACAGAUGUGGUCGCAAAAGAUGAUGCUGCGACUCUACGCUCACAUGGAGAUCGGCGCAGAUGAGCAGGUUAUGAUAGAGCAAUUAACCUCACAUGGCGUGCAAGCAUCGGAUCUCAAGCCGGCGCUCAUGAUCAAUGCGAAGAUUAAACGCCCGGAUGCUGAAGGAAGUGACAAAAAGCACGAGAAAGAUCAGGUAGACGCAGACUCUAGCAAAUCCGCUUCAUCCACGCCACGACGCUCUGAAUCGUCUCAUUUUUCCAUUCCAUCUCCAUUUGGAAAACGAACGUCUGUUUCGUCUUCGGGACUGAAGUCACCUGGAAUAGAUUCGCAGUCAAAGUCGCCCUUUCCCUCACCAGCUCUACGCUCACCGAGUGUUACUGGAGAACCUUUGCCGUACGACGAGCACAUACCAAAAUCUCCGUCACCACAAUCAACAGACAUCAAGCCUCUUUCUGAGGUGGAAGACACGAAAGAUCUCGAUAUCGACAUUAGAUGGACCGUGCUCUGCGACUUCUUCCUGAUCCUCAUUGCAGACGCCACAUACGAUGCUCGGUCCAGAAGACUUCUUGAGCGCGUUGCUCAGCAUCUGGAGGUGUCGUGGCUCGAUAUUUGUCGUUUCGAGAAACGCGUCACCGACGCUCUAGAGAUGCAAGAGGCCGCUGAUAAGGAGAAUUGGAACGAAGAAGAGCAUCUAGAAGCACGUCGCAAGCAAGCGAGAAAAAAGAGACUUAUGGUUAUGGGUCUUGCUACCGUGGGUGGUAGUUUGGUUAUUGGUCUUUCGGCGGGUCUACUUGCGCCGUUCAUCGGCGCCGGCUUGGCAGCUGGAUUCACCACUAUCGGUGUAGCAGGCACGAGCGGUUUUCUUGCCGGAGCUGGAGGCGCGGCGAUUGUCACAACCACCGGAAUCGUAACUGGAGGUACCAUCGGCGUCCGAGCUGCAGACAGACGAACAGGCGCUGUGAAGACAUUUGAAUAUCGCCCCUUGCAUAACAACAAGCGUGUCAAUCUGAUUGUCACUAUAGCUGGCUGGAUGAAUGGUAAAGUAGACGAUGUUAGACUACCAUUCAGUACUGUUGAUCCUAUCAUGGGCGACAUCUACUCAAUACACUGGGAACCGGAGAUGCUACAAUCUAUGGGUCAGACAAUCAGCAUCCUUGCCACGGAGGCGCUCACACAAACACUGCAGCAAGUCUUGGGAAGCACGAUCCUCAUCACUCUUAUGGCUGCGUUGCAAGUGCCAAUUUUACUCACGAAGCUCUCAUACCUCAUCGAUAAUCCAUGGAACGUAUCUCUAGCACGUGCAGAUCUUGCGGGGUUGAUUCUGGCUGACUCGCUUAUCGACCGAAAUCUGGGCUCGAGGCCAAUCACACUCGUCGGCUUCUCACUUGGCGCUCGGGUUAUCUUUUCUUGCUUGAAGGAAUUAGCAAAGAAAGGGCGGCCUGGUUUAGUUCAGAACGUGUACAUCUUUGGCGCUCCAGUUAUCGCGAACAAGAAUGAAUUUACAAAGUGCAGAUCGGUUGUUUCCGGUCGCUUUUUGAAUGCUUACUCACGUAAUGACUGGAUUUUGGCCUACCUCUUCCGUAUAACUGGAGGUGGUAUAGCAAAGGUUGCCGGCUUGACCCCGGUUGACGAUGUACCUGAUAUCGAAAACGUUAACGUCACGGAAUGGGUUCCCGGGCAUAUGUCCUACCGUGCGGCCAUGCCACGCUUAUUGCGUGAGGUUGGUUGGGAAGUCACCUCUGACGAGUUUACCGAGAUUGAGGACCCAGAUCCGGAGAAUCACGAAAAGCGUCAACGUGAGCUAAUCAACGAAAUCGAAGAAGCGAGGAAGCAGCUAGAUGAGAAGCAAGCGAAUAAAAAGCAAAGCAAGUUCGCAUUCUGGCGUAAGAAGAAGACUGAGAAGAAAGAGUGGGAGGUGUACGAGGGUGACGCGAUCACUGAAGAACCCGAAUUGACGCAAGGGCAGUUGGAGAAAAGGGCUGAGGGCGUUCUCUUUGACAUUGAUGCUAUACGGGCUGAGGUCAAAGAACUCACUGGCCAUGAGAUUCAGGUCAAGCAAUUGGAGAGCACACUGCCACCGAUGAAGAUCACAAUCGAUUCAAACGGAAAUACACCGGAACCGACACCACUGCCUCUGAGAGCAACAAGAAGCCAAAAUGACGUUACCGCACCGAGUCCAGCUCUAAGUAUGCCGUCUGCAACCCAUAAGUCGACUUUUGAUUACAGUGACCACUUCCCUUACGAAAAUGAAAGCGGCGAAAUUACCAUGUCAUUCGAUUUACCAACAAGCGAUGUAAGUAGACGGUCACCAAUGCCAUCAGAACGCCCUCCCCUGAAGCAACACUCGACGGCUCCCGUAGAUAUGCGAGCGGACCAUAAUGCAUGGGCUGAUGAGUAUGACGAUUUUGGACAAGGAAAGGAGAUUAAGAUGACUUUCGCAUAAGUACAUACCGCAUUUACGUAGAGUUGACGAGCUUGGGCGUCUCUUCAACGCUGGCGCACUUGAUUUAUUUUUUGGGGAAGAUAUUUUCCAGAAGAAAACUAGGUUCUCUUUUUUACGCAUUAAUUUUAACACGCAUUUUGUAGAGGUGAGUGACUUAAACUCACUCUUUUCUCUGGCUUUGGAGUCAGUUUGCGGCAAAAUGCAGCACAAAUAUACCAUGUAUUAUAAUUUCUGAAAUGCAAUUAGACGCACGCCCUGCAAGGAAAGAGAAGAAGCUGAACCGAAC